CCCUAAAAAUUACCAACCAAGCCUAAGCCUGAAAAUGCCAAAUCUCACUGUUUUACAAGCACACCUCUCCAUCUUAGACUUACAAAUGAAAAGAAAUCGAAAUCAAUGUUAACAAUUACUAUUGUUUCAAAAAUAUCCCCCACAUUUUCUCCCCCCAAAACACCCCAAUCUUUGUAGCCUCUAGAUUCUUCCAAAUUCAAACUCUGUCCACAUUAGAACCCACAAUGCCUUGAACUAGUCCUCCAAUUUUUCCAAUCCCAAUUCCAAAACUGACCGUGUGGUGAGGUCCAGGUGAUCGGAGGAUCCAUGUUUGCUGGCAAGACGGCCACGCUGCUUAGCCGAAUCCAGGCUCAAACCAACAAUUGCAGCUUUCAGGCCAAGCUUCUUAAGGAGUACACACAACUGAAUAAGGUUAUAAGGGAUCUUUGUUUUACGGGAAGACUGAGGGAAGCUGUUGGGCUUUUAUGGCGUACGAGAUUGAAAGCAGAUGCUGCAACGUAUGCUCUUCUCUUGCAAGAAUGCCUAUUCAGGAAAGAACAUAAAAGUGGGAGAAGGAUCCAUGCACAUAUGGUUGUUAUUGGAUAUGUACCCAGUGAAUAUCUUAAGAUCAAGUUGUUGAUACUGUAUGCAAAAUCAGGAGAUUUAAGAACUGCCUAUGUUCUGUUUGAUAAUUUACUAGAGAAAACUUUGAUUUCUUGGAAUGCAAUGAUUGCUGGGUUUGUGCAAAAAGGUUGUGGAGAAUUUGGACUUGACCUCUAUUACAAUAUGAUAAAGAAUGGUGUAUCGCCUGACCAGUACACUUUUGCAUCCGUAUUUAGAGCCUCUGCUUCCUUAGCCUCAUUAGAGCAUGGGAAGCGAGCUCAUGGGGUCCUGAUAAAGAGCCAUAUUAGGGAAAAUGUUGUGGUCAGCAGUGCUCUCAUGGAUAUGUAUUUCAAAUGCAGCAGUCUUACCGAUGCUCAUCAGGUGUUUAAUGAAGUUGUAAAUCGAAAUGUUGUUACUUGGACAAGCUUGAUAUCUGGAUAUGGCCAGCAUGGGAGGGUUAAUGAGGUUCUAGAAUUAUUUGAUAAAAUGAUAAACGAAGGUUUUAGACCAAACUAUGUUACCUUUCUUGCAGUUCUUUCUGCAUGUAGCCAUGGAGGCUUGGUUAAUGAAGGUUGGCACUAUUUCUUAUCGAUGAAAAGAGACUAUGGAAUCCAACCAAGAGGGCAGCAUUAUUCUGCCAUGGUUGAUCUAUUAGGUCGUUCUGGAAAGUUGCAUGAAGCUUAUGAGUUUGUUCUUAACUCACCUUUUAAGGAGCACCCAGCCAUAUGGGGUGCUUUGCUUGGGGCCUGUCGUAUUCACGGGGAUAUGGAUCUGGUAAAGCUUGUGGCAGAUAAAUACCUUGAAUUGGAGCCUGAAAAUUCUGGAACAUAUGUUCUCUUGUCUAAUACCUAUGCCACUUUUGGUUUUUGGGAAAAUUUGGCCGCACUUAGGAGGAAAAUGAGGAAUUCUGGGGUCAUAAAGGAGCCUGCUUAUAGCAGGAUUGAGAUUCAAGGGGAGGUCCACUUCUUUUUGAGGGGUGAUGUAUCUCAUAGACGUUCUGCGGAGAUUUACGAGUUGAUCAAAUUAAUGCCUUCCAUUUUAAAGGAUCCAGACUAUGUUCCUGAUAUAAUUAGCUCCUAAAAUCCUAUGUCUUGCCUCUUAUUCCUGUGUUAUGUUGAGAAGACGAGCUGGUCCAAGGUUCUAAAGGUUCUUUAUGUUUGAAUCUUACUGGUAAUGUGUUUGGAGAGACGUAAUGAAUCUGGUCACCCUGUCAAUAGGUAAAGCCCAUUAAGAUGCUGUUGUAUUCUAUUUGCUUAGUCACCUGCUGCCUACAUAUUAAUGCAAAUCUGAUUUGGAAAGGUUUUUAGAUCUUAGGCAACCUAAUAUAAAACCUAAUACCACAAUUUAAUAGCCUGGUUGAUACCAUGAUUACCACUUUGUUUUGUUGUUUGAUAAUGAUUCUUGUCUUGUUAACCUGUCUAACUGUAUUUAUAUGGCUAUGCAGAAGUGUGGCUUAGUAAAAUCAAAGAAAGAUGCAAGACAUGGGUUGGAUUCAAUUGUGACACAUAAUGGCAUGAAACUAACAUGUUGGUCAUUCGAAAAUUUAUCUUCUUCAUUCAGCCAAAAAACUGCUCCACAAUGCCCUAUGAUGAGGUCUGUCAUAUGCCAGCAUCAAAAUUUGAUGCCUUUUGUCAGGCGUGAUGACUGCAUUUCAUUUUAAGGUUUUUAUCUGGCUUUUCUUUUCACCGUUCUCUCGAGCGUCCUCAGUCUUAAGGGUGGCGUAUGCCAUUGAUGGAGCUCAAUUCUUUGAAGACCCUUUAUAACUCAUCAUGGCAAAACUGUGAUGGCGACUGAGGAAUUUAUUCAGGGUGCAAGUAUAAUCAUUACUGGUUUUACUUAUAUUCUUGACCCACGCUUAUGGUUUAAUCCAUCCAGUUCUUGCUCCGCACAAGGAGCUUGGGAUCCGUGCUUGAUGUCAUACCUCUUACUGGUUUUAGAGUUGAGAAAACUUGGGGAAAAAAGUGUUUAUAAUUUAUCCCUAGGUAAUUCUGAACUAAUUUAUUUAUCCCUUCCUUUCCUUCCUCCUUUGUUUAUAUUUAUUUUCAUCGUUGUAAUCAAAUAGCAUCAGUAGGAAAGAAAAUAAAGUUCACGUCUUUAUAA